UCAUGCUUUUCCUAAAUUUAGAUAGUAAUAAUUUGAUGUUUGUUAUAACUAAUUAAAAAAUUUUAUUUAAAGUGUUUAACUUGAUGUUAGUUAAAUAUGUCAAAUGAGGAGUUAGCACCAAAAAGUCGUACACCCAGUAUUUCAGAGACAAACAACAAGCAUGGUGCGCAAAUAAAGAAGUCUUCAUCCCAAGAGUUACAGAAACUCAAUGAAACAAUAAAAGCCAAAUGGAAAAAUUGGUGGAUCCGCAGUUUUUUUACUAUUGUGAUGAUUAGUGGGUUUUAUGUAAUUAUUAUUUGUGGUCCCCCUGCAAUUAUACUGCUCGUAAUAUCACUGCAAGUCAAAUGCUACCAUGAAAUUAUAUCUGUAGGAAAUUUACACUUCAAAAAAUAUAAUCUACCUUGGUUUCGAACUCUUAGUUGGUAUUUCUUAGGCUCUACAAAUUACUUUUUUUAUGGACAACUUAUAACUGAGUACUUUGCAGAGUUUAUGCAGAAAAGGGACUUGUUUAUGUUUCUGCUUCAACAUCAUAGGCUGAUAUCUUUUCUUCUCUACACAACAGGUAUUAUGCUGUUUGUUCUGAGUUUGAGAAAAAAUUAUUACAAGGUUCAGUUUGCAUUGUUUGGUUGGUAUCAACUCACUCUACUUAUUAUUCUUACUCCUGGGCACCUCAUUACACAAAAUUUAAUGACAGGACUUAUAUGGUUUUUACUUCCUGUUUCACUAGUCAUCUGCAACGAUAUAAUGGCAUAUGUUUUUGGUUUUUUUUUUGGGAAAACACAGCUAAUUAAGUUGUCUCCAAAAAAGACUUGGGAAGGUUUUAUUGGUGGAUGGUUUUCAACUGUUGUUUUUGGAUUAGUGGUUUCAGAACUGAUGUGCAAUUAUCAAUAUUUCUACUGUCCACCACAGUUUGAAUCAAGCUCUUUGGCAGCCACCAUGGAUUGCUCUCCUUCUCCUAUGUUUCAGCUUUCAUAUCAAUUUACUCCUCACCCAUCAGCUCUUCAAGUUUUCAACUCAAUGCCUGCUAGUUUUCAAGAUGGACUGUCAAAUAUUUUAGCUGUGUUGGGCAUGCAUUUAGCAGCAAAUAAUACUGAAGUUUGGAUGUAUCCCAUGAUGUACCAUGGAAUUGUGUUAGCAACAUUUAGUUCUCUCAUUGCUCCAUUUGGUGGAUUUUUUGCAAGUGGAUUUAAAAGAGCAUUUAAAAUUAAGGAUUUUUCAGACACUAUACCAGGCCAUGGGGGUAUUAUGGACAGAUUUGACUGUCAAUUUUUGAUGGGCUGUUUUGUUAAUGUAUACAUUGCAAGUGUGGUCAGUGCUUACAAUCCCAACAAGCUUUUAAAACAAGUUCUCUUCAUGGAACCGCGCGACCAAGUGCAGUUUUAUCAUAAGCUUCGUGAUAUGUUGCAUGCUAACGGACUUAUUAAUCCAUAAAUAUAAUAAAAUAUAUUGGUUUGAUGUUUUUUUCGAAUCCACAAAGCAUUAAAUACUACGUCAGAAUAUAAGGAACACAUUUCAUGAUUUGUAAAAUAUUUGUAUAUAUAACAUCUAUUUGUUAACAUUUUUUAAUUUCUAUUUAUAGUAUAGGCAUUUUUUUAAUAUCAAUAUUGAAUUAAGGACUUUAAUGCGAGCAUAUGCUUUUGUAUUUUGCCUAUUCGAACAAAGUAAAAUCAUAUAAAUAUAAUACUAACCAAUCAUUCUUAGUAUAUUUUUGCUUUUGGUUGAAUUUUUUUUCCGGUCAUCCUUUUUAAUCCUUAUUCUAAAUAUUUUUGUUCUCCGAUCAUUUGCUCUUAUUUUAUUUCGCUUUAAGGUCCUACUGCUGUUAGCAGUAAAUACAAUGUUGUAUUAACUUGUUUUUGUUGUUUUAACACUGGUUUUAUUACCUCG